AUGCCAACCAUCAAUCUUAAGAAUAUAAUUGAUGAAAUGCAUCAACAUCAAUCACAACCACCACGUCAUCAACAAUCACCAUCACCUUCGAAUUUGAAUCCUAUUGGUUAUCAUCUUCCCCAGUCAUCAAUUCAAAGUUCUACAAUGCAACAACCCUUACUUCAGUUCAAACCAAUAAAUAUCGUUGCUCAACAAAAUGCGAAUUAUAAUUAUGAACAACAGCAAGAGGAGUUGUUUAUGCAACAAAAUAACUCUGCGACGAUUAAUAAUUAUCAACAGCAUCUUCAAUCAAUGCCACUUUUGAACGCGGAUUUGCUGAUAACCCCAAAGUCUAAACCCCCGGUUAUUCUUCGAUUUUUCAAAGAAACCCAAAUUAUUCGACGACAAGAAAUCUCCGGAAGCUAUGGUUCACGAUCUUUUUCAUUUCCGCCUCAUGGUGUAGACAACAACUUUGCGAAUUUGAAAAAGACCUCGAAUAGCACAACCCAAUAUCGUCAACUGUCCUUAUAUUCUACUUCAACAACGAUCCCGAUGCAUUCGUUGAAUGAUCAUUUGAAUAGAACGCCACCUUUUAAUCCACCAACGCCUGUGGAUCUUCCUAUGGUUCCAACGGUACAUCCAUCCACGUCUCAAUAUCAUUCACUUGUUGGAAACAAUGGAAAUAGUUCAAAUUCCAUUAUUGGAUACAUUUUUGCAAUAUUGAGGAGUUCUUUGGUAGAUCUUUACGAAACUCUUGUAGGAAGAAUGAAGGCGGAAGACUCUGAUUAA